CGAGCUGGGGCGGUCAUGUUCCCGAUGUUAUGUUCCACACAUAAACCUCAGGACCUCCUGAACACAAUGAACCUUCAUGCAAUGCCACAAGAGCUUGAUCAUAUUAUGAUCACCACAGAAGAUAUUGUUUGUACAAUAUUGGAAUUACUAAAAUCAAAUGGAACGUUCGAUGAGUUGCGCAGAGAUUGUGUAUCCGAAAUUAUAACUAAAAAACGAUUCCAAACCUUAGCACGGCUCACGGAAACGAUUGCGGCAAAAUAUCUUAGUACACUUAAAUAUACACCGGAAUUAAACAAGAAUACUAUUCGAGAGGAACUAAAACAGUAUAUGUUUGAAGGAUAUGAAAGUCAUGAAAUUAGUAACGAAUCAAAUAAAAUACUUAAUCAAGUGUUUGAAACUAGUGUUGUAAGAAAUUUUGAAACGAAAAUAAAAUUUAUAGUCAAUGAAUGUCUGGGAAUUCCAAAUGAUGACACAACCGAAGAAAUGAAUGGUAUAGUGUCUGGUAUAAAUGUUAAUAAUUUAGUCAAUAUUAUAACUGAUUCUUCUGACUCCGAUCAUAAUCGAGUAUUAGGAUGUGACAUAAACGAUGAAGCCGAAAUAGAUUCUCCUGAAUUUGAACCGUUAUUCUCGAGUUUGUACAACGAUGAUAGUUAUAAUGGUGACAUAUCUGGAACAUCUGGUACGAGUGGCACUGUAACAAGCACAGUAGAUUUAAAAUCCAAACACAGUGAUGAAGUUAAUUCAAACUGUCUCGAGUCCGAGAGACAAAAACCCGUUGAUGAAUCUAAUAAAUUUGAUGAAACUUCAAAUGAACAACAAAGUGAAAACAAUAGGCCGUCAUGUCAUAUGGAUCAUGAAAAAACACAUUUAAUAGUAAUAAAUGACACACUAAUGGCCACAAAAGAGGAAUUACAUAAAACCACAAAUAGUAAUCAAAGUGAUGAUGUUGUAUCCUCAAGACAAAAAUCUACUUGCAGUAGAAUUCAAAAAUCUUUGACGACAAAGAUUCCCCAAAGUAUUAAAAAAAAUUAUAGAAACAAAGAUAAUAUGGAUGAAGUUCUAGACCAUUUGAUGAAAAAUUCUAAAAACUUCAAAUCUAAAAAAAAUAAAACUCGUAUACUUAAAAAACAUGACAAAAUGUCUACAAGCGCUAAAAAAACUGAUUCCAAAACGUAUGACUAUCGGUCCAGCUCGUUUUCCAAUGACGACCAAGAAGCAGCUGAAGUGCUUAUAGCGAUGGGUUCUAUUUCAUGUGAGGUCUUUAAUAAUGACAAAACAGAGACUGAGUAUAGGUUAACGGGCAAUAGUGAUAAUAAAAAUAUCACACAAAAUGGCGACAAACAAUCAGAAAUUUCAGACAAAAGUAAACAUGUUGGAAAAACAGUGAAAAAUAAAGAUAAACUGGAUGCUACAUUCAAUCAAAUUUUUAGAAAAGAACAUUUAAUAAAUAAUAAUAAUAGUACAAAUGAUAUUCAUCUUGAACAAAAAGAUAAAUCGGUUGCUCUAGACAAUAUUAAAAUAUGUGAUAAUAAUGAACCGGCUGAUCGUUUAUCUGAUUCUCAACAAAAACAAACAUUUGAAAAAAAGAAAUAUGUAGUUGAUUCGACAACAUCUUCUGUUUCUAAAAAUGAACUCGUCCCAUCAAAUUUCAAAAUUAAAAAAGAUAUUAAGAAAACAAUUACUGAGCAAGACGAAAAAACUGUUGUAACUGAAAAACAAAAAUUCAAACACACAUUGAAGAAAAAGAACCAUUUAAAUUGCGAUACAACAAUUGAUGCAAAAAAGACAGACAACGAACCGAGUAAAUACACUGUUCGACUGUUCAGUGAGUCGGCUUUAGACAGACCGUCAACAUCACGUUAUUCCGAUCCAAUUUUAAAGUCAAAAGCUGGUGAAUUGUACUGGGGUAAAAGGAAUUUCAAUACUAAUGAAGACUCUAAGGUUGAAAAAAGCAAGUCUUUUGAUAUUUAUAAUUGUAAAAACGAUAUUCUAUCCGAAUGCACUAUUAUAAAACAUGAAGCACUUACGGAAUCAAAGAACGUUUCAAUUAAUCACACAAACACGAAGAUGUUGACAAACGACAUUUACAAAAAUCCCAAAACGAGCGGUAACCCCUCACUAAACAGUUUCACAGGAUUUAACAAUUCAGAAGUUGAACCGUGCAAAUAUAAGUUAGGCGUCAUUGCGAGUUUGGUCGUCAAUCCAAGUGAAUUUAUAGGAUUUUCUCCCACAAGUGCGAUUACAUGUAAAAAUCGUGACAAAGUGUAUGCUGAGUUGGUAAAAUUAAAAAACGAGAAGGAGGAGUUUUCAGGAUUUUCCGAACAAGAAGUUCAAGUCUGUUCGGGGUAUGAGCAUGUCAAACAGCAUCUGGACCUAACCGAAAAAGAAAUCAGCUCAUUGGCUAUUAAUCAAGAUCAAGCCAUUGAUGGUGGCAACAAAACACAAAGCAGUCAAGCCAUAGUUAAUGUUGAAAACGAUAAUAUUGAUGAUACACAGGCCAACAAAACACAAAACAGUCAAGCCACAGUUAAUGUUGAAAGUGAUAAUAUUGAUGAUACACAGGCCAACAAAACACAAAACAGUCAAGCCACAGUUAAUGUUGAAAGCGAUAAUAUUGAUGAUACACAGGCCAAUAACCAACCUACUACUAGUGGCUUCACUGACAAUACAAAAGUGAAUAAUAGCGAAAAUACCUCAGAUUCUAGUCAAUGGAUUGCCAAACAAAUACUCAAGUACAAAUUAUCACCGACGUGGGUGAAACUGGAAAGACUUGCCGAUUUAAAAAUUACCGUAACUAAACACCAUCCGGACUCUCAAAAAGCGGGCCGUAAACGGAGAGUUCAUAAGAAAAAAAAGCCAAAGACAAAGAAGCGAAAAGUGAUUAUUUCAUCUGAUGAAGACUAAUAGGACGUUUAACUUAUUUCCAUGAUGUAACAUUUUCUGUUUUUUUUUUGUACAUUUUGUUUAUUUCUCAAUUGUAAAAAAAAUGAAAUUUUUUUUUUUGAAAAUUUAUUUUUAUUUGUUAAUAAGUAUUUACACAAAACUAUGUAAAUUGAUGAUCAUUUUUCUUUUUCGUUUCAAAGCACAAAUCGGAUUAUAUAAUUCAAAUCUUUAUUUAUUUAUUUAUUUUUUCAUGAAAAUAUCUCCAAAUUAUUUUUGUGUGAUAAACAAAAAGUUCACAAACAAGUUGUUUAAUUUAUAAUUUAAUUUAAUAUUAAAUUAAUCGACUUCAUACCAACUAGUGAAAUUUGU